AUGAUGCUGGCGGGGGCCGUCCUGCGUGGAUCGUCACGCUCGGCUUUUUACCCGCUCAUUCCUUCCUCCCACGGUUCCACCUCCACUCGGCCUCCAUCCGGAAGACGACGUGUCCCGCCCAUCUCAACCCUCACGGCACGGCACGUCACCAGGCCUCCUCUCGCCUCCCUCCGCCCUCCAUUCUUCCCUGCUUCGGCUCGGCUGGCCGUUGAAACCCCUCUCUUCCCAUUCUUCUUCCUUUCCCAAGGCAGUCAGCAGCUAGCUCUGGCGAGUUCUUCCCACUUCGAUGCGCGAGUGCCCGCCUCUUCCUUCCUCGUCUUCCUUCCGACGUGCCCGGCUUCGGUCGAUGAUUCCGGGGUCAAGCUCGAGGGGAGACGAACACCUCAGCCUUGACAGGAAUUCGAUGUCCAAGAGUUACACAAAUCUGUGCGGAGCUCGUGGCAAGUCAAAUGGCCGAGAUGUGGGUCAAAGCGCAGAGAGAGGGCGAGCAGAGUAGACUAGGAAUUUUGUGGAUCGACCAAGGUGGCCGGAGAGUGACGCGCCAUGCGCAAUUCUGGCAAGUCAAAAGGCGAGGAGUCGUUCCGAAAACCAAGGGUCGCAGCAGUGCCACUGAGGUCAGGACACACCGAAAAGCAUGAGUGCAUGCAAAGGGGGACGGUGCAUCGAGUUCACUCCAAUCAUGGGCCCGCAAGGUGAGAAGGGGCCGCAGAGCGCAGGAAGGACAAACACUCCAUCGUGCAGUGCAGUGUGAGCUGGUGCCUAUCCGUGAGAUAUUUGCCCUUCGUCCAAGUUACUUUUUCCUACAGCGUGUCUUGAUCCUCCCUCAAAAUAGCCGCUCGUAUGGAAUGGAGGUAAUCAGGGGCCGGACUGGACUGGACCUUGAUCCGGGAUACAUCCCCCCACCUUCUUCGCUUGGCGUUGGACCCAGCUGCGAGCACCUCGAUCUUCGCUAGAAACUCCUUUGCCCACAGUUCCUCACUGUCAGCCUGAUCCUCCUUCCUUCAAUACCAGCACAGAACAAGCACGCACUUUUGGAGCGAGUGAACGCACUGAUCGGCGAGUCUUGGGCACUUGGCAGAGGGUAAACCGAGUCGGACUCACGAGUGUCUCGGCAGUCGAGACUCGGAACUCGGUAUACUCCACAGAUGUCACACUCGGGGGCAGAGACUGGCAACAGAAAGUGGUAGCUGUUGACUACCCUACCUCAAUCCUAGCGGGAUUCUCUGCAACGAGAUUCUCUCGCCCGGAAUUUGCUUCCCACCCUUUUUGCCGACUAUCUCUUGGUUCCCGUUUUAUUCUCUUGACUCCACCCUUGAGCUGCCGUACGGAAUUGGACCCUUGCUGAAGGUUUCCGGUGAUGUUUGAGUGUCAUGCGCAUCUCAACGCGCUUGGCAUUCAACGUUGGAGUAGAGCUUCCAUGAUCAGGAGUAUUUUGCACCUGUUGGGGUUGGGAGCGCAUAGCGUCACAAUUUGUCUUCCCUGCAUAGAGAGCCAUGGCCGGUCACAGUAGUCAACAUUUUCGUGGCAGUAUGAUGAUGCAAAUGUGAGUGUAACUGAAGAAUACAUCAAAUGAAUUUCUGUGGGGUGACCGCUCUGUUACCCAGAGUCAAGGCUCUUGGAUGCUUGGAUAUAAGAGCCUUGGAUAUAACCUUGACCCCAUAUCCAGGGGAUGAUCAAGGAGAGGGAUUGGUAAGUUGGAAUUUUGUGAGCGUAGAAUCGACAUUGUGUGAAUUAUAGGUAAGUAGGGUUGCCACAGUGCAGGGAACAGAGUUCAGCAGUGAUGACAAUUCUGGUGAGUGGUGGGUCAAGCGUUGCAGCCACGAGACCAACACCGACAAGAUGGUCUUUGAUAGCUUAUCGACAGUGCUGUACUGAUGAUGUCACAAUCGUGCAUGUGCGUGAGAUGGUACCUCGACAGAAGCUAUAAAAGCUGCUGUCUUCGAUCAGACCUUGACCUCUUGUUGAAGUUACCAAUCUGACCUUUCCACGUUGCCGGACAAAGCAAACAACAGGUUCUACCUUUUGGGAGGACCACCAUUACACAGAUCUCUUUGUAACCUAUUUGGGGAUCGCAGUAAGCCUUGACCUCGCUAUACUACUGCGAAGGGUCUGCGAGUAUCGACGUGGGCUGUGACAUGUUACCAUUAAUAAAUAACACGGUACAAGGGCAGCACGUGGUGGAGCUUUUCCAUUCCCAUCUACAAUAUUGUACUCAAUCAGAGUAGUGGCAGG